AGAGAAUAUGUUGAUGAAUAUCGAUAAUGUUGAUUUGAAACAAACCAGAUUUAUAUAAAUAUUACAUUUUUAAUUGCACAUGGUUAAUUUAAAGAUCUUCUCUCGAUCAAAUAAAACAUAUGAGUAACCAGACACUGUCCCAUUUCGGUCUACGAUCUCAAACACGCGAUUAUUCACAUCAGCUGAUGUCGUUCGAUGAGAAUCAACAAAUCACCGGUGGCGAUCAGAAAAUGUAAACAAAGAAAUGACCGGGGUGUUUAAAAACCUGCUAAGACGGGGCCUCUUCCAGGGAAGGUUCCAGACAGCAAGCAUGUCACAAAUAACAGCAGGUCUAGACGCCACCCAAGUACAGCUCCUCCAGGAGGAGUGUAUCCUCAUAGAUGACAAUGACAAAAAUAUAGGUACUGCCAGCAAGAAAGACUGCCAUCUACUAGAAAACAUUAAUAAAGGCAUGCUACACAGGGCUUUCAGUGUAUUCUUGUUCAACAGCAGUGGGCAACUUCUCUUACAGCAGAGGUCUGAUGAGAAAAUCACAUUCCCAAGUCAUUUCACAAACAGCUGCUGCAGCCACCCUCUGAACAUUCCUGGUGAGACAGACGAGACCAGGGCAUUAGGAGUAAAGAGGGCAGCACAGAGGAAGCUACAGCACGAGCUGGGCAUACCACCACAUCAGGUUCCAGUGGAGGAGUUUCAGUAUUUGACCCGUAUUCAUUACCAAUCUGGAAAUGUACCAAAAGAUGGCAAGUGGGGAGAACAUGAAAUAGACUACAUCCUUUUUAUCCAGGCUGACGUAGAUGUGGAACCCAAUCAAAAUGAAGUGAAAAGUUACAGAUAUGUGAAUAAAGAACAGUUGAAAAGCUUUUUAGCUGGUGCUGAGAAAGAGGGGCACCUCAUUACACCAUGGUUCAAACUGAUUGUGGACAACUUUUUGUACAAGUGGUGGGACAACCUUACAGACCUCAGCAUCUUCAAAGACCACAGCCAUAUUCACAGAAUGAUCUGAGAAAAUAUUGGCAUUUAUUAAGGUCUUUCACACAAUAAUUGGGAUACUUGGAGCACAAAGAAAGAACAGAAACCGGUGCAUUGUCAUUAGUGCAGUAUCCUUUAUCGGAAUUGGGUCUAUCUAGCCAUAUUCAGAGAGUAAUUUUAAUUCAUUGGCUGACUCAGGACCAAGAAGUGGUUCAUAGCUGUUACCACUGACCUCCUGAAUUAAGAAUGUGAUACAAAUAAUGAGGAGAUGAUUUAUUUAGUAAAUGAUGAAUAUCGCAUGAUUCGUGAAAUAUGCAGAGUCACAGUUUUUAAACAGUUUCUUACUUGCAGUUAGGUAGUUACAGGGAUUUCUGGAAGGAUUUCUGACAUAUUUGGGGAGCCAAAAAUAUCAUUGGCCAAGGCUGACCCCUGGACACUGUGCCAUGUUUUCUGACUUUUUCACUAAAUGACAGUCUCAUCCCUAUAGUAGGAUGACAUUGUGUUGUAUACUGAAUAUGCAUUUUGCCUUGGAUAUAUCUCCGCUGGGGUAUAAAAUAUCUCUUUAAUGAUACAACAGCUACCCCCUACCAGGUCUUCACAUUAGGGCUAAUUGGACAGGAGAACCAGCAGACACCUCUAGACUUUUACCCUGACCUUUUAAAUAAAAGAUAUAAUGUAAAUUGUUUUUAUGCCAUUUUAUGAUGGUUUGUUAUGGAUUAUGAUGAGAAAAAGAAUCCCUCAGGAGAUGCUCUUAGCAGAAUCUAUGUUAAUAGAUAAAACAAAGCUGUGUGCCCCAAGGAGUCUCAAGAAUGGAUUACUUUGUUUUUUCAGUCUUAGACCAAAUUAAAAUUACGCCAAAUGCCUUAGACUGCAUCACACAGAUUUUAGAUCGAUCUAUCCCCGUGGGGAGUCUCACUAGAUUGCCGUCAGCUUAGCCAGCUUAAAUGUCU